AUGGAUGAUAUUAAUCAAGAAAUCAUUUCUUCACAUAAAGCUGAAGAAAAUCCAUAUACAAGUACUCCAAUAUCUGAUUUGAGUUCUAGUUCAGCAAAAACAGUUCGUGAUUAUGAUAAAGAACUUCAAGAACUCAAACGUGAAAAUUUUAAUUUAAAAUUACGUAUUUAUUUCCUUGAAGAACACACUGAAUCCGAUACCAAUACUAAUGAAUGUCAAACUCAAACAUCGUAUGUACAACAGUUACAAAAUGAAAUUGAACGACUUCAACAACGCAUUCAAUCCCAAUCCGAACAAACUGAUAAUCGUCAAACAGUCUACAGUUUUAACUAUGAUGAUGAACGUUGUGCAUUACACGAAGAAUUGGAAAGAAUUCGUCAAGAAAAUGCAACACUUCGAAAAUCAUUUCAAUUAAAUAGUAAUAAAACUAAUGAUGAUGAACAAGAAAAAUUAAUAAUAAAAACACCAGCUGUUAGUCAUAAUAUUCAAACAGUAACGUCGUCAAUUGAUACAGAUUUCAAUAUAACAACGCCUGGAAUGUCAAAUACAUUUAUAAAUAAUAGUAGUUUACAAGCUGAGCUUAACGAAUAUAAAGAACGAGAACGAAAAUUGCAAGAACAAGUUAAUUCAUUACAAAAACAACUCGAAAUGUCGUUACCGCAAACAAAUGAAACGCUUACUGAAUUAGAUCGUGCUCGUCGACGACUUCAACAAUAUGAAAUUGAUAUUAAAAAUUAUGAACAACAACAAUCAAAAUCAGAACGAGUAUUACAACGUUUACAAGCUGAUUAUGAAGCUCGCAUUGCUACUUUGGUUGAACAACAGCAAAAACAAACAGCAGAAUUUGAAACUUAUCGACAUGAGCAUGAUGAAACAAGUUCGAAUAUUAAUAUUGAAGAAUAUCGUCAGACAAUUAAUGAUCGAGAUCGGAUAAUUCAACAACUUGAAGAAGCCAUCAAUGAAAUAACGAUUCGCUUACGUACACCAUUUACAUUGAUGCUUCCAUCUCAUUCAUCAACAUCGCAAUGGACAGAUGAACAUAGUCAAAAUUUAAUUGAUGAAUUGAAUUCUCAAAUGCAAGCUCAUCUUGAAACUGUUGAUCAAUUACGAGCUGAAUGUGUUGAACUUCGACGAAGUGAAGCAAAUCUAAGAAAUCAAGUUGAAAGCUUAACUCAACUUAUUAAUGCACCCAAUCGAAAUCUAGGCUUACCUCCUUUAUCACAUCAGCCAACAUCAUGUUCCAAGACUGUUGAUGUUAUCGAAGAUGCUCGACAAGUUCAAGAUCUUCAAACCGUAGUUGUUCAAAUAACAUUACAACUUCAAAGUGAUGCAGAAAAUGUAUCCGGUUUAACAAAUCGUGUUGCACAAAUGAUUCGAGAUCGUGAUGAAUGGAAUGAUAAAAUCAAUCGAUUACACGAUGAAAUCGAGAAGAAAAAUACUCAUAUUCGACAAUUAGAAAGACGUGAACCAGAAGUUGAAGGUCGUAUUCGUCAACAAUAUGCAUUACAAAUUGAAAUACUUCAACGUGAUAUACAAAAUUUAGAAGAAGAACUUAAACGUCGUGAUCGUCUUAUAAAUGAAAAGAAAGGAACACAAACACAGACACGAAAAGACUAUGAAAGAUUUGAUCAAACUAAUAAUCAAGAAAGAAUAAAUUUACAAGGUCAACUUCGAACAGCUAAUGAAAACAUUAUGAAUCUUGAACAACAACUAGUCGUUGAACGAAGACAAUAUGAUGAUUUACAAAGACAAUAUGAAAAACUUAGAACAUCACAAGUUGAACCAUUGGAAAGAGAAAUUCAAUUACAAAGAAUACAAAUUGAAAAAUUUAAUCUUGAAAUGCGUGAAAUGGAAACGAAAUUUCAAAAAGAAAGACGUCAAAUUGAACGAGAUAGAGAUUUUGAAAACGAAAAAAAUAUUGAAUUACAAAAUACAUUAAAUCUUACAAAUCGACGAUUUAAUGAAAUUCAAACUGAAUAUGAUAGAUUAAAACCAAUCUUUGAUGAACAACGAGGUCAAUACGAAAUUCAAAUUCGAAUGUAUCAAAAUCAAAUAGCUCAAAUAGAUCAAGAAAGAAAUCAUACAAAUGAUGAAUUACAAAAUUUAAGACGUGAAUAUCAAGCUACUAUAGAUCGAUAUCGUGAUGUUGAUGGAAAAAUUUUUGAAUUAACAAGAAGAAAUGAUGAAUUAAAAUCACAAAUAUCUAUUUAUGAAAAACGAUUUCAUGAUAAUGAAGAUAAUGAUAAACGAUAUCAAAAUGAAAUAACUACAUUAAAACGUGAUAUUCAAGAUAUAUUACGAGAAAAUGAAGAAUGGAAACGUAACUAUGAAAUAAUAAAAACUGAUUUAAAUAGUGUAGAAUAUGAAAACGAAAAAAUUAUAUCGAAUUAUCAAACUGUGAAUCAUGAAAAUACUCAACUUAAACAUGAUAUUAAUGAUCUUACAGUUCGAAUUCGUCUACAAGUACAACAAGAAUAUGAAGAAGAAUAUCGUCAAUUAAAUAGUCGUCGAGAAACUGAAAUUCAAACUGUUCGAAAAGAACAAGAAGCUAUUCAAAAUGAUCUUGAUCAAAUGAGGGCAGAAAGAACACGUCUUGCAGAUCGACUGCAAACAGUAGAAUAUAAUUUAAAACAAGCCAAUGAAACAAUUGAAAGCUAUACAUCUGAUAUUGAUCGUCUUAACAAAGCUCUUAAGUUAUCUGAAGGAAAAAAUGGAGAACUUGAACGUGAACUAUCACGAUCGUAUACCGAGGAAUUAAAAACGAAAACUGAUCGUAUUCAUGAUUUAGAAAACAAAUGUCAAUCACUUGAAAAACAAUUAAAUCAAUAUGAACAAAUAAUUCAUGAUCUUCGUCAAGAUAAAACAAAAUUAGUUGAAUCUUAUGAUCGUCUUCAACGUGAAUAUGAACAACAAAAUAGUCAUGUUUCUCCACAAACAAAUUUAACAACAGUUGAAGAACGUGUUGGAAAAGAAGUUGUUCAAACGAAUGAAAACAAACAGGAGUUGAUCGAUAUACUUGAACAAAAACUUCGUGAAAAAGAUCAUAUAAUUCAAAAACUUCAACAUGCUCGUUCAUCAUUUGAUGGAAAAGAUCUUCAAUUAGAUCUUGAAAUUGAAAUUGAACAUUUUCCACAAAAUCUUGAUACUGAAGAACAUUUUAUUCGAACCUUUACUGAAGCAUCUCCAGGACGAGAUCAAAAAUUUGAAAAAAUUCUUGAUAAUACUCGACAAGAUAAUACAUCAGUUAUUGGAACAUUUCGAGAACAAUAUUUAGUACGUGAUCAACGAAGUGAAGAAACAUUGAAUGAACGAACAAGAAAUAUUAAUGAAUAUGAACGUCGUAUAAGUGAAUUACAAACAACUAUUCGUGAUCGUGAACGUGAAAUUCUUAAUAUAAAUGCUAAAUUACAACAAAUUGAACAAACAUUUAAUACUCAACAACAUGAACUUGAUAUUUGUCAACAAAGACUUGAUAUUUCAAAUGUUGAUUUAAAUAUUGCAAUUGAAGAAAACGAAACUCAUUUAGAUAGAAUUAGAACCUUAGAAAAACAAUUAGAAAUGUCUCAAAUGCGAAAUAUAACAUCUGAACAAAUAGCUCAAUAUCAAACUAUGAUCGAUGAUCUUAAAGCUAGACUUCGAAAUCAUGAAGAUACAAUACAGACUCUUCAACGUACUAUAUCUGAUUCUGAUAGAACAUUAAGAGAAACACGUCAAAAUCAUCAAUCUAUUCAAAGUGAUUAUAAUCGAACACAACUUCGACAUGAACAAAUGGAAAAUCAAUUUAAAGGUGACUUAGAAAAUCGUGAUCAAACUAUUGCUUCUUUACGUAAAAAAUUAAUCGAUAAAGAUCAAGAAAUAGAUAAAUUACGUCAAAGUGAUAUUGCUAAAGAAGCACUUAUUAGUAAAUUACGUUCAAAAUCUCGUGAAUCCGAUCAAGAUUCACGAAGUGAAUAUUCAGGAGCACGUGCUCCUACAAAUGUUGCCUUAAGAUUAGAAAUUCAAAAGAAAGAUGAUCAAAUCGAUGAACUUAAACGACAAUUAGAUCGAACUCGUCGAGAUAUAUCUUCAAGUGGACGAGAUGACUCGUCCACUGUUCAACAUGCUCAACGAGUAGUAGUUCACCAUCGUCCUCGUUUGACCAAUUUUGAUCAUCUAAAUCGUGAAGAACUUCUAUAUGAACUUGAAAUGGCUCUACAAGACAACGAAGGAUUAGUUCAACAAUUAGCAAAAAAAACACCUAAUAUAACCGAAUUACACAAUCAACUACUUGAUUUACGCAAAGAACUAGCACGUCAAAAAUAUGUUAAUCAAGUUUUAUGGCGUAAACUUGAUGCAUUAAUUGAUAUUCAAGGUUCAAAUACACGAGCAGAAUUAGCCCUUGAAUUAGCUAAUUAUCAUGAUGAACUUGAAGCAUUAAAAGCUAAACAACAUCGUGUCAAUGAUACUCGUCUUGCUAUGCUCAAUGCUAGUUCGAGAUCAUCAUCAGGUGUUUGUUUAAAAUUGAAUAUUAGUUUAUUAAAUAAUGAUGUAUUAUUAUCGAAUACUGAAUUACCAUCGAAUGAUAUUCAAUCAAAAAUAGAAAUUUUGAAACAUUCAAAUCUUGAAUGGCAAGAAAGAUUUGCUCAUCUUAAAGAAAAAUAUUAUCAAUGUGAACGUCAAUCAAGACAUUAUUAUCGAAAAUUAAUGAAAUCUAUCAAAUUAUUAUAUGAUGCUGGUCUAAUUGAUUCUUCUUCAAUUCGACAACGUCGACAUAGUGCUGAUGAUCCUGAUCGAAAACUUUCAACAUUUAUGAAUAUGAUUAUUGCAAAUGAAAAAAUUGAUAAUUCUUAUGAUAUUAAAAAUAUAGAAGAACUUCAAGAAAUAAUUCGUAAUCAAAAGAAAUAUAUUGAACAAUUACAAAUACGUGUUCGUAUAAAUACACCAGAUAUAAUUCAAUCAGGAACAUUACAACAAUUGAUUGAACAAAAUAAGAAUUUAAAUCGUGUUAUUCAAACUUAUAAAAAUGAAUCAAAUAUACUUAAAAAACAACUUGAAAAACUUAAUAAAACUAGUGAAUAUAAUCAAAUAACAUUACAACAAUAUCAAAAUCUUAUUAUAAAACAACAAAAUUAUAUUGAACAAAUAAAUAAAAAUUUAUAUCAAUACGCACAAUCAUCUAAGAAAAAUGAUCUUCCUUUAAUUAUAUUCAAUGAAAAACAGAAUAAAAUUGAUGAUUUAAUAAUUGAUUUAAAUAAAACUAUUUUACAAGAAUAUGAUAAAAUAAAAAAAACAUCAUUGAACAAAAAAGAUAGUGGUGUUGAAAGUGUUAUCGACAGUACACGUUAUACUUUAACACAACAAGAAUAUCAACGACAAAUUACUGAUAAAGAUGAUCAUAUUAGACAAUUAACAAAAGAACUUAAUGAUUUGAAAAAAACUCAUGAAACUGAAUUAAAUCAAUAUCGCCUAAAAUCAGAAAAAACUCAUACUGAUUUAGUUGAUGAUUUAAAUGUUAAACAAAAUGAUUUACGUCAAGCACGUUUACAAGUUGAAUUAUUAAAAUCAACAAAAACUCAACUUGAACAAGCUCAAGAUCAAAAUCAAAGAUUACAAGCUGAAAUAAAACUUUUACAAAAUGAAAUUAUGAAUAAAAAAGCUUUAAUUGAUCAUUAUGAAAAACAAAUAAGUUUAUUAGAAAAACAAAUAUCAUCUCGUGAUGGUGGUAAAGGUGAAAUGACAAUUCGAACAAGUGAAAUGUCUGAAUUAUUAGAAGAAAUGCGUCGUCUUCGUCAUGAUCUUGAACGAAGUAUUCAUAAACAAAAUGAAUUACAAGCUAAAUUAGAUGAAAAUAUUCGUCUAACAAAAGCAGCACGUGAAUUUUCAUUUUCUGGUCGUGGUGUUUCAUAUCCUGAUCUUCGUAUUAUUGAUGGAACAAGUUCAAUAGGUGCUGAACAUAUAUCAUUAGUUAGUAUGAUGGAUGAAAAACGUUCAAGACCUCUUGGAUCAUCAACAACAGAACUUGCAACUGAACAAAUAAAUCUUGGAAAAAAAUAUAUUGUUGGUGAAUUAGAAGAUCAUGAGAAUCUUCGACGAUUAAUAGCUAACAUUAGAAUUGAAUUAAAAGCACUUGAAGUUAAACUUAAAGAAAAACUUCGAUCAAAACAUACAACAUCAAUGACUGACCCAUCAAUAGAAUGGCUUGAACAUCGUUUAAAUUCUCUUAAUCAAUGUCUUACAAGUUUAGAAGAAACUUACCGAUUAAUGGAAUCAUAUUGGCCAGCAUAUUUACCAAAUAAGAAUCGUUAUAAUGAACAUCAAUUUAAUGAUCCACGUCUUGUCAAUGAAAAUAAAGAACUUCGAAUAUCUCAAUCAAAUUAUAUGCAAGAAUUACAAAAUUUAAAACAAAAAUAUAAAGAACAAUCAGCUCAUGUAGAACAAUUACUUACUCAAUUGACAGUAAUACGGCCAACAUUAGAUGUUUUACAAAAAGCUCGUUCAAAUAUGGAACAUCAUUUAAAAGAGUCAAAUAAUAUAAAUAAUAUGUCAUCAAGUAGUACUCAAUCACAUCAUCGUCAUCGUACAAAUUGUUUAGAUUAA